AAUACUUCCUCCAUAGAUUGUAGUAACACAUAAGAAAGUAAAAAAUGCACGAUAGGGAAGAGGGACAUGGCUGCUCGCCUUGCUUCACCUGAAGAACUUGCACUCUGUAGCUUCACCAUCGAGCAGCGAGGUUUCUAUAGUAACGCGUUGUUGAGGCAGCUGACGUUGCGUAUAGCAAGGACGCAGAAAAUAUCCUAGCGACUUUUGUAUUGUGCAUUAUGCAUUAGUAAACCGUGUUUGCACUUUAUAAUCUCCCUUAGAAGUACGAUAACUACAUUUAUAGGCCUACUAUGAGCGUGGGACGCGGUCACCGACGGCACUUGGCGUGUGCUCAAGGAGGCGCACGCCCGAAAAGACUGGGGAGAGAGAUUGUUGACUUCAGUGUGAAAGGACCUGUGGCUGUCAGUCUUGAUGAGGAACAAAUUUCCUCUCCUGGAUGUUCAGUCAUUGAUCUCUUGUUUCAUUCGCCAUCAACAAUUGGAGAAAUAGUGUUUCGAAAUUAUUAUACAGCUCGUGUAACAGUGCUUGUUCGCUUUUCUGGAGCAGUAAAAACACUUAUUGCCAACAACAAAACAACUGAUGACAUGACUUCAUGGUCUGUUGCUAUUCGACAGAAAAUUCUAAUGCCAAAUCCACAUUUGGAAACAGGCAGUCAGGAUCUGUUCAGUAUUGCUGCUACUGAGAGUGCUGUUGAAUGGAAUAGUGUUGUUGCUAUUCGUCUAAUUUUACGACAACCAUCCCCUGUAUGGCGCACAUUCCAUGUGGAAGAAUUGAAUGUUUAUCGUGAUGUCCCUAGAAGAGCUUCGCGUCCAAGUCAUCAUAUUCAGUCCACAUCAAGUAUUGUACAUUGUCAGGAUUAUUGUUCAUUGCUUUCACUUAUAAGACAACAAACUUUAGAUGCUUUAAAAUGGAUGCCUGGUUCUGAACAAAAUCCACCAAGGGAUAGUAAUAGCUCUCCAGGAUACGAGUUCUUCAAUUUACCACAAGCCUAAACUACAAAUGCAAGUUUUACAUAACAACUAAUAAAGAUUUGAAACACAAACAUCAUGAGAAUAUCCACAAAUAUCACUUUUCGAACAAAAUACUAUCACCUAAAUUUUUUUUUUCCCCAUCUUACCUGAUUGAUAAAAGAACACACUAAAAAUAUCCCUAAAUUUAAAACUGAAUUAUCAGAGAACUAGCUAUUACAAAUAAUU